AUGCGCUGCGUCGACGACACAUCUGAUGUCGCUGCGAGAGGGAGAAACAAAACUACUGAGCUUCAACACGAUCAGGCAGACCUUGAAUUCAAAUGCACAAUUCGGAAGAAGAAGAAGAAGACGAAGAAGAAGAAGAAGAUUAAGAAGAAGAAGAAGAAGAAGACGACGACGACGACGAAGAAGAAGAAGAUUAAGAAGAAGAAGACGACGAAGAAGAAGAAGAUUAAGAAGAAGAAGAAUAAAAGAGCCCUCUCCUGCUCGCCCUCUUAUUCAUUGUCAGAUGCAGAUAAUAGUACUGAGAAACAUGUCAUGUAG